AUUUCAACCCCGACAACGACGUCAAACAGACGAAUUCCUUAGACAGGUGAAUUUAUGGCACAAAACUUCAAACUUUUCCUGUGUAAAAAUUAUUUUCCCGUGUUUACUGCUUGAAAUUUCGGAACUUACUUAGAUCAAGUUUCCCUGUCUAGCUGGGGCUCCAGUUUCAAAAGUUUUCAAAUUUGGACUAAAGUUCAACUUAGAGAUCUUUUUUUAACUGGUACGAUUUAUGAAAGAAUUUUUCAGGGAACAAAAAAGCUGGUAAAAUACAUUUUUAAACAUAAAAUUAAAAAAAAACAAUGUUAUUAAAAUUUGAGUUUUCAAAAAAAUUAUGAACUUUUUUUUUUCAGAAAUAUACCAAAAAAUAACGUUUUCAGAUUUUCAAAAGUUUGAAAUACUGGUUUUUACAUAAUUUUCGAAGUAUUUUUUUUAACUUUCUGAACAAAAAUUUUGAACAAAAGAAAUUUUUUUUUUGAAAAAAAAACUGAGUUUUUUUUCUAUUUUUUUAAGAAUUUUAUUUAAAAAGCUCCCAGACGCCCCUAAACGUGCAAAAUGUCUCGUAGCAAAAUGUCUCGUAUAACCAAUUAAUACAUUAUUUCCGUAAAUCGACACAUGCGCUACAGUAGUAAUUUAAUGAAUUACUGUAGUUCUCGCUAUGAGAUAUUUUGCGCGUCAAAUAUGUCGUGCAAACGCAUUCUCAGAAUUCUGUGUUCCCGUAAUAAUGCACUUUCAGAUCUAUUCUUUUCUAGUUCAAAGUGCCGCUAAAACUAAAUUUUUUUGUAGGGACAUGAUUAAAACGUCAUUGUUUCAAAUGACAUAGUUUCAGUAGAAAAGUCAAAAAGUGGCCUGGAAUACUUUUCUUGGUAACAAAAUUCUUAAAAUUUUGUACUGAACAUUUUACAGUCUCCCGACUCCAAACUACCACUAGAUCAUGUUUAAUCAACAAAUUUUUUUGUCUCGUUCGAAAAUAAAAAUGUAAAAACUAUUUGCCCUCAGUAAGUAAAUUUCGUAGAAAGGUCGACUCGGGCUCGGCGGAAAAUGGAAAACCAACAAACUGCUUCUUCUCCUUCACCGUAUACUUUAUUUGAGAGGUGCUCUCAGUUCCAAACCCUUUCGUUUUCCUGUUUUCUCUGAUGUCUCUCAUGCGAGAGGAAGCGAACAGGAGAUGGAGAGAGAGAGAGAGAGAGAGAGAGAGAGAGAGAGAGAGAGAGAGAGAGAGAGAGAGAGCGGAAGAAUGCAAAGAAUUUAAAAAUCGCCAGGCGGAGGGGGACAUGUCUUGAGGUGCCCCCAUCAGUUCCAAUCACUUUUCCCCCGUGGCUCUAAAAUGUUCCUGUGCAACGCGACAACUGUGGCUCCACCGCUGACUUGCUGGGAUCCAUAUUGGGAUUCAAAAUGCGCCGACAUGUCACGGUCGAUUGACUCGUCGAGCUCUCGGAUGCUUCCAUCUCCGAUCACAAACUUCGUGACACCUUCCUCGUCGUUCUCGAGCCAUCAGAUGCAUGACAUCUAUUCCCUGGCAGCCAGUUACCUCCAGGCUCCACCACCACCAUACACUCCAACUACUGCUUUUCAUCCACAUAAUGCUCACCAGCUUCUACUACUUCAUAAUAUGACAGCUGCAGUGCAGACGCCCGAAGAUCCGGAUAUUGACGUGGUUGGCCUGGCUGACACGACGAAUCUAGUGUCACUGAAUGACAAGGAAGAUGAGGAGAAGUUGGAUCAGACUACCGAGUCUGAGGAAUCCGAUCGAAUCAGCAUAUCUACCACCGAAGAAUGCCCUCUCGAUCUAACAUUCAAACCAACAUCACUGGACUCUCCAACAUCUUCCACUUUCAUUCCACUCCGACCAUCUGUGAUCAUUGAUCAUCACAUUCCGAAACCACAUACAUCCGUGCGAAGAUCAAUGUCAUCUGUCUCAUCAUCCGCUUCGUCCACCCAGGAAGAGGUCGCUGCUCACUUCAGACGAUCCCUGUCCGGAAAAUGGCCAAAGAGGUGUAAAGUGAAUUCGGAAGAGGCUCGGAAUUCUCCACUGAGACGCCGUCCAUCAUUCAACACCCAUACUUCUGUAUCCUCGUUGUCCGUUCAUUCUGUGUCUCCAACUCCGCCGGUCACCUCGUCUGCGCAGACGAUUAUUGUGAAUAAUCACUGUUCUGACACAACCCUCUCGGUGGCCGAUCAUUUCCGUCGCGCCCUGCUCGGAAAAGGGCUCUUUGAUUUUCAACGGAAAUCGAAUAAGUGAAAACUUAUACAUUAUUCUCUCUUCCCUCCACCAUCAUAUUUGUUCUGUAUAUUUUGCACAUUUAUUUUUUUUUGCUCAUUACCCAUUACAAUUACUCACAAUUUAUUUUACGCCCAUGACUAUUAUUUUUCCGAAUUUUCCCUCUUUUUUUCAAUUGUGAUUCAAAAAAAGUCAAAAGUCCCCCAGCACAUUCCCACCCGGUUAGAGAUAUAUUUUCUUAUGUCUAUGUCAUUCGUCAUCCAGUUUUUUUGUAUUUUUAUUUUGAAACAGAAAUAAUUAAAUACUCUGAAUUUAAAAAAAAGUGUACCUAAAUACACGGAUAAUUAGGCACAAAUAUUUAAUAUCAAGUUUUAUUAUUUUAUGUCAAAUCAAAAUUCAAUAAUAC